UGGUGGAAAACCAUUGUAAAUCAUCGCGCACGACUGACGUGCCGAUCAUUUUUGUCAUGCUGUCGCGAUAAACAGCUCACCGUGCCUCCCCCUCUUGCCCCACUCGGACGCCCGUUCCGCCGGGAUCGGUGUGCGUCGACGGUGUAUCGGCUGGCCUCUCGGGUUAUCGAGGCGCUGAAGCGUCGCCUUCAACAUGGCGGUGCCGUUCGUGCAGUCACCCCGUGCGUUUCUCCGCUCAUCAUGACCACGGUGGAUCGUACUGGCCGCGCAUCGUCUCACCGCAGUUCCAGUCGCACGGCACUCGAGAUCGAGCGAGAUCGUCGCCCGUGAGGAGCAUACGACGGGCGUGCGAGAUCGCGCAACGCAUCAUCCUGCGAUACGUCAAGAGCGUGCAUCGAGGAACGGACAUCAGUCCCCGACGAACAGUUGACCUUCCUUUAUAGAGCGCAAAGCUGCGUGUGCCGAGCCAACAGAAGAGACGCAACAGAGCUGUCCAGCUCGUGUAAGCCCGUGUGUUUCAAGUGGAAGAGGCGGAGCAAUGCUUGUGGCUCGACCGUCGUAAAUCGUCAUUGUCGUGACUCUCCCCAUUGUCCGCGUACGAAGAAACUGUAAUUAUUGAAACGAUUGCAAGCUGCUUAUUGGUGGUAUAUCUCGACAGAUCUUGAAUCAGCCUAUUUAUAAAUAAAGCUACGUUUAUUGCAUCUCUCACAAUAGAGAGUGUCGACAUUGAUUGGAGAAUUUGUACUUUAUUUAUUCUACAGAAACAUAAUCCAAUCAAUUACUUCCAAAGAGUUCUAUCAGUUUGCAAGAGAAACAGGGGUCAUAGAAUAAUUAGUAAAUAUCUACUCUACUAAAAUAACUCUUUCUAAUAACUAGUUAGAUUAAUUUAUGGAACAAGAAGGUUUUACAGAUUUCUUUUUAUAUCCUAAAGAUGGUAAUGUGAAAAUAAAGUAGAUCCACUUUUAUUAGCUACAAAAGAAUUUAACUAAUAAUAGAAAUAUAAAAUCUCUUUACAAUAUAUUUCUCUUUACAGAUAUAAUAGUUAAAAUAUAUAAUCAAAAUAUUAAAAAGAGAGUAAAAAUUAAAAAAAGUCUGUCAAAAGCAAUUUGAUCAGAUUUGCAUUCAAAUUUGUACACUGUGCCUCUUCAUUUUAUCGUUGUUAGUUAUCUUCCUUGCGCAAGAGAAACCAGGCUUCUUGCGAGUUUCUCAAAAUCUUUUUGAAGUAUCUUAGAUACUUUUGAAGUAUCUAUAUAUUGCAAUUUAAAAGUGAAUUUAUUGAUUAGUCUCAUUGCAGUCUGCCAAAAUUUUGUAAGUAAAUAAAUAGUUAAAUAAAACAAAUAGAACAAGCAAAGAAGGAAGAAAAAAAAACGUUAAACUUAGCUAAUACCUCGCAAGAGACUGCUUAUAUAUAGUAAAAGAAAUAUUGUUCAAGUUGCAUGUUGCCAAUAUACGAUCUUUUUUUCUUUAUUUGACAUAAAUAAUAAUUAUUGCUCUUCUUUGUUUAAUAAAAUUUUCUGUUCAAUAAUAAUACCCCGUGUUCCUUGCAAGUUGCCUGAAUAUUGUAGUCUAUUAAACUUUUAAUAUAAUAAUGGCUGAGACACAAAGAAUGACUGUGUAUGGGAGGCAUCCUCCAUGUGCCAAUGGCAGCAGGCUGGACGAGCGUCGGGCUAAGAGAUUGGCAUUACGACACGAGAGAAAUAGGAAGCCGGACAAGCCGGAUGAUUUUGUAUGUUACGAAUCGAGCGACGACGAGGCUGAGACGGUGACCGAGGGCAAGCAAUUUCUGAGAACGUCCUUCAACUUUGUGGAUUACGUGCGCGCACGCGAGACGAAUACGCGCGAAGUGCGGAAUAUCAAUCAAGAAUACGGAUCUCGUCAUAUAUUGACACACGAUCUGUUUAAAGAAUACUCUGUCAGUCUGAACAACAUGAACAAAGUAUUUUGUUCUCAGUGGUUGAGUGAUAGACAAGUGGUAUUUGGUACAAAGUGCAAUAAGCUUAUGGUUUACGACGUAGCGACGCAGAAACUAGAUCAGAUUCCAUCUCUUCAUGGAAGACAGCUCAGUCCAGGAGGUAACGUUAUGCCAGAGCAGCAAUGUGGUAUUCAUUCCGUUCAAAUCAAUCCUUCGAGAACUCUUUUAUCCACUGGAGCGAGAAAUAGUAACGAAAUAGCGAUAUACAGAUUACCGACUUUGGAUCCAGUUUGCGUCGGCGAAAGCGGCCACAGGGAUUGGGUGUUCGACAUGUGUUGGUUGGACGAUGAAUUUUUAGUGUCGGGCUCUAGAGACACGAAAAUGGCUCUGUGGCGUAUUGAUAGUGAUCUCGCUGAAGCUCCCGAUAAAGCGGAUGUGCCUACACAUAGAUUGAUUCAACCUGUUUGCGUGAAGGAAUGCAAAUCUGCGCAGAAAGUGCGUGCACUAGCAUUCAACAAAGCGUACAAGGAAAUUGCGGCGUUGACCCUCAAUAGCUUUAUACAUAUCUGGUCGGCCGAAUCCUUUAAACAGAAAAUAUCUAGAAAACUGCCAGCCUGCCAGGAAAACGUUUGUCUCGCUGUCCAAGAUGAUGGUGUUUACGCAAUUGGAUGUAGGUCUUACACUCUUCUGUUGGAUGCACGUACAUUGCAACCAAUUAAAAAAAUACCAUCAAGAUAUAGCGGCUGUGGCAUUAGAUCAGCAAGCUUUCAAGGAUCUGUUCUAACUAUCGGAACUGGUCUAGGAAUGCUUAUGUUUUAUGAUGUUAGAGCUCAAAAAUAUCUGGAAUCUUCUAUAAAUUCUAAUAGGACUGUCGUAUUAAAAGCUUCGAAAGGAUAUGUGUUUCCGGACGAGGAAUAUAUAGAUGGUUUUCAAAAUGUGAAGUACACUCCCGCCAUUUACACACACUGUUAUGAUGCAUCAGGUACUCGAUUAUUUACGGCAGGUGGUCCAUUGCCCGCAAAUCUGUAUGGCAACUACGCAGGCUUAUGGCAAUGAAGAUUUAAGCGAAUAAAACAAGUAUGAUUGAAUUACUAAAUUAAAUAAUUAGGGUAUAAGUUGUAUGUCGUGAAAGACUUGACUGUUCGAUUAUUUCAGAAUUGUAAACUACAUAUGUGUUUAAAGUUUCUUAUUAAUUUAACGUUCUAAGUCUCGAAAAGACGAUAAACUUGUCAACAAGAUUUGUGAAUUAUUCAAUUCAUUAAGGCUCCUGUCUACUCACCGCGGUUAUAUUGAAAGCGUAACUUCAUAAGUAAGAAAUCACAUGUAAAAAUUUUAUUCUUGGCAUUCGUAAACAAAGAGAAUUGAUAUAAAACAGAACAAUGUGAUUAAAACACUUGUAAAAUACGAGUUAUAUUUUCACAUUGGAACACAUAAUAACGAAAUGACACAAGAUAAAAUUUUAUCGUCAACCUAUCAUGUUUCACGCCUAUUAGUUCUAAUUUUGUCCACGAUGAUAGGUCAACGGAGUUCUCGGCUGAGGCGCCAGGAGUCUUAAUUUUUUUUAGACGAUGCUUAAGCUUACAAUAUGGACAAUUUUUGUGUAGAAAAUAUUUAUUUCUGUAGUAAUUUCAUAAUUUUGUUCUAGCGUGAUUCAAAUGUAAGGAACUUCAAUUUUUUUUUGGUUUAUAUUAAAACAAAAACAAUUUGGUGAAAAGAUACAUAAAUAGCAUAAUAUGAUAUGUGAUAAUUCAAUUAAUUUUAAUAAGUGAAUUAAAAAAAUAUUUGUUUUUUUUUCGCUAAUCGGAAAUUUUAAAAAUCGGAUAUUUUUAAAUUAUGAUGAAUUACUUUUUCUAGAAAUUGAAUUUAUUUAUAAGUAAAAAUAUUAAAUUAUAAUAUAAAAGAAUCAACGCUGGUCGCUAUUUUAUUACGAACAAAUAAUUCAAGAAUAAUAUCAAUUAUAUUUAAAUAUUACACAAGAUGCCAUUUUCACGUUCCAUUAGCAUCAUUUGAUAUUUUGAGCGAAUAUGACGUAAUUGAACAUUUUUAUAUGACAAUAUUAAAAUUUAUAACACAAAGAAAGAUGUAAGAAAAAAAUUAUUAGUAACUACGAGUGUAAUAAUUUUAAAUUAUUUUGAUUUAUUCUUAAAUUAUGUAAAAAAUUAUUGAAUUUUUCAAAAAAGUACGUAUUCAUUUCUGCAAUUUGUAUUUCAAUCAAAAUUAAACAGAAAAAUACUGCUACAAAAACUUCACUAUACAUAUAUAUACAAUAUACCUUGGUUAUAUUUCCUAAAUCAUUGUAAUAUUAUAAAAAAUGUGUGACAAUGUUAAAUUAUUUCAAAAUGUUAUAUCUAUGAAAGCAAUUGCUAUCUACAAAUAUUUCUUAUCAGAUAUUUUAUUUUUAAUAAUUGAAUCGGAAAUGAUAAAGAUAUCAGAUGAUAUGUGGAAUUUUAUGUUUAAAAAGGUGAAAAUGUGAUUUGUAAUUUCUGCAUGCAAUUAUAUAUGCAUUAUACGCAUUGUUACAGUUUUUUGAAUGUUGAUUAUAAUAUAAUUGGAAAUCAUAAAAUUGCAAAUCACAAAAAUUUUCUACAAGAAAAUUUGUCUCUAAUUUAAUUUACAGUGAAUAUGAUAUAUUAUUUAUAUAUCGUAUAUAUAUUUACGCUACAUAUGACAGAAAAAAAUUGUCAACGAACAUUUUAUAGUGACGAUUAAGUUUCACCGAACUUAUUGAGUGGAGGUUGAAACACUGGCCUGAAAACAGCAACACGCAAUGAAUUUUGUUUAGUAUAUACUUAUUUUAGCGUAACGAUACCACAAUUUUGACCUACAUAUUACUAUCUUGUAUAUUAUAAAUUAAUACCGCAAGGAAAAUCCCCUGGCUGGCAUCAGUUUUUUACUACAAUUAACUACGAAGUGUCCGACGAAUGUUAUUUAGAAGAAUAAUAGCUUAAACAAGGAGAUUCUAAAUACAUCAGUAGCACAAUAAUCUAGGAAUAUGUUCACCUAGGAAUACAUAUUUUAUAUUUAUUCAUCUUUAUUACUUAGCUUCGAAUUAGUUAUUAGUUGUAUUUUUCCGUCAGCGUUUGGAGUUUAAAUAUUGAGUUUAAUACGAGUAUAAUCUGGCUGUUCAAGUUUGACCAAGCUGGUUUGAUCAAGCGUGACGCUUAGCUCUCAUCACGUCUGGCGCACGUUGGAGAAUAUUAUGGAAUUAAGCGCGUGCAUUUAGUAACAAAAAAAAGCGUCGACCUGUGAUUAUGUAAAAAUGCCGCGUUUGUUGUGUGCAAUCGAAAAUAGCAUUUGUUUCUAUUAUACGCUUCAUAUGCUGUAUUCCCCAUCGUCAUCUCGUCAAGUAUCUUACAACGUUAGAGUUCGACGAUUUUUAGUCGAACACGCUCAAACACGAUUCAGGAAGUAAGCUCCCCCCUCGAUUUAGCAUAUAAAUAUGCUGUGUAACGCGGCGUUACUUAAGCGAGAUAAGAUUCACCUAAUUGAACGCAUCAGUCGUCGCGAGUGCCGCAAUUUGCGCAUUCUAGUAUAGGGUAGCACAUUUACGAAGCGAAGAAAUCCAGCAGCAAUGAAACAUUAAACCGUCAUAGUACGUAACAAGCAUGUAUGUUAAUAAAAUAUAUUCCCGACCUGCAUAUUUAUGAAAGUGAGAAUGAGAGAGAGAAAGAGAGAGAGAGAGAGAGAAAGAUUGCAAGUUGUUAACGUAUAAUAAUUAUAGGGUCUCACAAUAUUACGAUAAGAUAGAUAAAUGUGUGCAUUGUAUCCGAUAGCUCUGUAGUUACACCGAUACACGUUCAUCUCUCUAUGUAAACGAGCCGAUAUACAUACAUACAUAGGAUUUUCACUGAAGGAUGUGAGGUUGGGCAUUUAUUUCGUAAAAAAAAAAACAAGAGUAAAGAGAGGAUCCGUCAUUGUUUAGCACAGAGUUUCCCAAACUUAUGUGAAUCGCGACCCAGUUUUUAAAACAAAAACGUUUGCAAUCUGUCUAACUUUAGGAAUUAUGAAAAAACGAGCAGUCGGAUGGCAUAAAUUGAUUAUUUAUACUAUAAUACUUUCCCUUUUUAAUUUUUUAUUAAAUAUAAUUAUUUUAUUUAUUGAAUAUACUUUUAUUUUAUUUCAAAAUGUGAAAAUGUUAAGCAUAUUUUCUAUUUUAUUGAUAUAUUAUUUUUAAUAUUUUAGUUCAAAGCAAAUUAUUUUUAUGUAUAAGAAGUUUAAUAAUUAUAGUUUGUUUCACAAUUUGACUUUGAUUCUUGUCAUAACUAAAAAAUUUUUCGCGAUUCAAAAUCUGUUCGCUCCAUCAGUGGGUCACGAUCCAUGUUCUGGGAAUCCUUGGUUUAAACGUAUAAUCGCAGAGAACAGCUAGCGUAUCACACUAUGCGUUCAUAAUGUGUACGAUACUUAUGAAUAUUUGAAUCCAAUAUUUUCCAUGCCCGACAUUUUACAGCGGCCCGAAAUGCUGUAUGUAAAAAUUUGUGUCAUACUCUCUCUCUCUGACAGGCGUUUAAAUUGAAUAUUUUAACCAUAACACACAACAGCAUCUCUGAUAGCCUAUUUUUAUAAAUGAGCAAUAGUCAACGGGUAGCUUCUCGAGAACCUUACUUGGCAUCGUUUCACGUCCCCCCCCCCCCAGAUUGUUUGGAAAUGUACAAGACAAGCAGAAAUUCGGAUUUCAGACUGCUGCCACAUCCGCUGCAUUCUUGAUUUGUAACAAAUAAUAUAUAAAUGACAAAUUGAUAAUUUUAUACUAGAAACACUCGUAUACACGACAGUGCGGUUUGAAUGUUUCAGUUCGUCGCGUUAAAAGCUGUUAUCGUAACAGCGUGAACAUAAAACUAACAUAGUGGCAGGGUUUGAACAGUGACUUUUGAUAAUUUUUCAUGACACACGACAAAAAUACCUUUGCACGCGCACUGCAAUUCGAUCGAAUGAGGAAAAACGACGGAUGAACUUAUAUCAUUGUGACUUUAUAUAUGUGCGACUUCUAUAUCUAUGUAAAUAAAUAUAACCAAGCUCUUGA